CAAGGUGCACUCACUUCGUUCGGCAGACCCCUUCUAAGUGGGGCUGUGAUCAAAAAGUGUGCUUGGUGGGCGACAGAGACCCCCAACCAAAAACCAACAGUCGUACCAGCCGCCACGUUCUUUCAGGGCCUCUGGAGCAUCCUGAAGUGGUGUGGUGGAGGGAAGAUAAAUUCCAGAAAUGAUGUUUUUGGGGUGAAGGAUGGAUGGAUUAAAGAUGUUGAAGAUCAACAGGAGGUUCGGGUGAUAGAAGGCGAGAAAUGCUUAGCAGCGGGAGCCUGGCUGCUUUUCUUCUCGUCUUCUCUUCCCUUCUCAUACUUGCUCCAGAGGGAAACCCGGAUGCUAAACGGCUUUACGAUGAUCUCAUCUCCCGUUACAACAAGCUGGUACGACCGGUGAUUAAUGUGUCGGAGGCCCUGACGGUCUCAAUCAAGCUAAAACUCUCACAGCUCAUCGAAGUCAACCUCAAGAAUCAGAUCAUGACAACAAAUCUUUGGGUGGAACAGUAUUGGAACGAUUACAAACUGACAUGGGAUCCGAGAGAAUACGGAGGGGUGGACAUGCUCCAUGUACCAUCUGAUCAUAUAUGGAGGCCUGACAUCGUCCUCUAUAACAAUGCGGACGGGAACUUCGAGGUAACUUUAGAGACUAAAGCUCAACUGGACAGUAGGGGAACUAUCCAAUGGAAACCUCCUGCUAUCUACAAGAGCUCCUGCGAAAUAGACGUCGAAUACUUUCCAUUCGACGAGCAGACGUGUCUCAUGAAGUUCGGCUCAUGGACCUACGAUGGUUUCAAGGUGGAUUUACGGCACAAGGAUGAAGUGGAGGGAACAAACAGAGUCGACAUUGGAAUCGACCUGAGCGAGUUCUACUUGAGCGUCGAGUGGGACAUACUGGACGUUCCCGCCAUCCGCAACGAAAAGUUCUACACGUGUUGCGAGGAGCCGUACAUCGACAUCACCUUCAACAUCAGUAUGCGCCGAAAGACCUUAUUCUACACGGUCAACCUCAUUAUUCCGUGCAUGGGCAUAUCCUUCCUGACCGUCCUCGUAUUCUAUCUGCCCUCUGAUUCGGGCGAGAAGGUCUCUUUGUCCAUCUCGAUCCUGUUGUCACUCACCGUCUUUUUCCUGUUGUUGGCUGAGAUCAUACCGCCCACCUCCCUGGUGGUGCCUCUUCUUGGCAAGUACUUACUCUUCACCAUGAUACUCGUCACCCUUUCCAUCUGCGUCACCGUGGUCGUCCUCAACGUCCACUUCAGAACGCCAUCUACACACAAAAUGGCACCAUGGGUGAAAAGAGUAUUUUUACAUCUUCUUCCACGACUAUUACUAAUGCGACGUCCUGCUUAUCCUGACGACAGUCCGAAGGUGAUGGUUCGUACCUGUAACGGUACAGAACUGCAACCGCAAGACUAUGUAGGGAAUGGGAGUGGAGGUCGCUGCCCCAGCUACGACGAGCUGCCUCACUACAGUGGCUGUCGAAUCCAUGGUCCAAAGGAAGAGGACGUCGCACAAAUGCAUGAACCACUUCGCAGAUUGCAUUUUUGCCCAGAUUUACAAAAGGCAAUGGAAUCCGUUCAUUACAUAGCUGACCACACAAGGCGCUAUGACGACCAAAUGGGUCAGGUGAAAGAGGACUGGAAAUACGUGGCAAUGGUUCUGGACCGACUUUUCCUGUGGAUCUUCUCGGUGGCCGUUCUGGUCGGCACAUGUGGAAUCAUCCUACAUGCCCCAACGCUGUAUGACACACGCGAGCCUAUCGAUAUGAUAAUGUCAGAGGUCGCCAUAGCCACAUUUCACCACCAUAGAGGCCUCACGUGACUUCUAUAUCUUGUGGUGCCAGAAUAGUCCUUUCUUGCAGUCAUCGUCGCCAACCACUACUCAAGACAACGUCGUCCAGACUGAUAUAUCUAUAUAUAUUCAGACUACCGGGAUCAUAUUGCUUGCUUUGCCUAGUUGGGUGAUAAAUUCUUCGUCAUGAUUUAGCCAUUUUGUUUUUUUAAAGCUUGUUUCUUAGUUUAAUCCUAGUAUUCUUAAAAACAAAACUAUAUAACUAUCAGUAAUGAAGAAAUAUAAGAGAUAAAUACUGAUUUAUAGGAAAAAUACGUAUAUUUUAAUAUUGAUCUAACAUAUUGGUCAUAAGAGCUCUGUAUAAAUGUGUUACAAU